UCAAAGUUCACUGCAUCCUGUGUAUCCGUAUGCGGGCAGCAGCCAGAAAGCAAACAGCGGCAGCAUGGAGAGCACUCGCAUGAUACUGAGUGUCACCCCUAGCAUGCCAUGCGGCCUCCAAACCCUUGCGCGCCGCAACCUUGUCCGUGCCCUCCACCACCGCAAGGACGCGAGGCAGCCACGCCGUCUCUCAUGCGAGGCAACUGGCGGCCGCCGCGUCGAUCGGCGUGACGUGCUUCUCGGCCUCGGCGGCGCCGCCGCGGCCGGGCUGGGCGCCCAGCGGGACGCGCUCGCCGCGCCCAUCCAGGCCCCCGACUUCCUCAACUGCAACCCGCCCGACCUCCCGAACACGCCGCCGGACGCCAGCUGCUGUCCGCCGUACCGCGACGGCACCAUUAUCACCGACUUCAGGCCGCCGCCCGCCUCCUCGCCGCUCCGCGUGCGUCCGGCGGCGCACCUGGUGGACGCGGAGUCCCUGGCCAAGUACGAGAGGGCCGUGGCGCUCAUGAAGCAGCUCCCCGCCGAUGACCCCCGCAGCUUCGAGCAGCAGUGGCGCGUGCACUGCGCCUACUGCGGCGCCGUGUUCGACCAGGUCGGCUUCCCGGACCUGGAGAUCCAGAUACACUUCUGCUGGCUCUUCUUCCCAUGGCACAGGUUGUACCUCUACUUUCACGAGAGGAUCCUCGGCAAGCUCAUCGGCGACGACACCUUCGCCCUGCCGUUCUGGAACUGGGACGCGCCGGACGGCAUGUCACUGCCGGCGAUCUACGCCAACGGGUCGUCGCCGCUCUACAACGAGAGGCGUGACCCCGCCCACCAGCCGCCAUUCCCGCUCGACCUCGACUACAGCGACACCGACGCCAAUAUCUCAAGAGACCAGCUGAUCGACCAGAACCUCAAGAUCAUGUACCGCCAGAUGGUUUCGGACGCGAAGAAGAGGGAGCUGUUCCUGGGGCAGCCGUACCGCGCCGGCGACCAGCCGGACACAGGUGCGGGCUCCGUGGAGAACGUGCCGCACGGCCCGGUCCACCGCUGGACGGGCGACCCGGCGCAGCCCAACCGCGAGGACAUGGGCAACUUCUACUCGGCGGCGCGCGACCCCAUCUUCUUCGCGCACCACGGCAACAUAGACCGCCUCUGGCAUGUCUGGCGCGGCCUCCGCCCGAGCAACACCGACUUCACCGACCCCGACUGGCUCGACGCCGCCUUCCUCUUCUACGACGAGGAGGCCCGCCUCGUGCGCGUCCGCGUCCGCGACUGCCUCGAUACGGCCGCACUGCGGUACACGUACCAGGACGUCGGCCUGCCGUGGCUCAACGCCAGGCCAGCCAAGGCGUCCGCCGGGACGCCAGCGCCGGCCACCACCGGUACCCUCCCUGCCACCCUGGACAGGACCAUCCGGGUGACGGUGACGAGGCCCAGGGUGUCGAGGAGCCGCCGGGAGAAGGACGAGGAGGAGGAGGUGCUGGUCGUGGAGGGGAUCCAGAUCGCCGACCAUUUCAACGAGUUCGUCAAGUUCGACGUGCUGGUGAACGAGCCCGAACGCGCAGUGGGCGGCACGCCGGCGACGGCGACGGGGUACUGCGCCGGGAGCUUCGCGUACACGCCGCACAUGGCCCGGUCAGACGAGAUGAGGAACGGGCCGGUGAAGACGGUGGCGAGGUUCGGCGUGUGCGACCUGAUGGACGACAUCGGCGCGGAUGGCGACAAGACGGUGGUCGUGUCGCUGGUGCCGAGGUGCGGGUGCGAGAUGGUCACCGUCGGCGGCGUCAGCAUCAGCUACCUCAAGUGACUGUCCGGCGAAGCAAGCACCCAUCUGCGCUAGCGUCGGCGUUCACUGUGGUAUGGAAUCUAUGGCACCUCUCCUCGUAUUGUAUUGCAGCACGCGUACGUACGUGCGUAUGUCCUAUGUGUAAUGUAAAUGAUGGUGAUUCUAAAUAAAAACAGCUCAAGUAAAUGGAAA